CUGACCUUGGAAACGACCUCUAAUGUAGUGUCUGCUCCGUUUUUCUGAGUCUUUGGAUUAUUUUUUUUUCGUAACAAAAGUAUUUACUGGAGAAUUUUUUUAGUGGAUAAUAGUAUUGCUUUUAGAGGAUAUUAAAUUUAAAACAGGACCAAAGAAUUAAAAAAAGUAAAUCAUGUUACGCCCGACGGCAAUGACUUUGUUACGUUCAGAUUUGGCACGCAUGACACUACGAAAUACUGUUCGAAUUAAUGUUUUAAGAUGUGCAUCAACACAAUGUCUUCACAGAAAAUAUCUUCAAAGGCUUCAAGUGGGCAACAAUCAACAAUUAUUGAUGGUAUGCAGACAACAGCCAGUUAGAUAUUAUGCAAAUUUUCCAGAUCACGUGAAAGUUGUUCUUCCCGCAUUAUCACCAACUAUGGAAACAGGAACCAUUGUUAGUUGGCAGAAAAAAGAAGGUGAAAAAUUAAAUGAAGGGGAUUUAUUAGCGGAAAUAGAGACGGAUAAAGCGACAAUGGGUUUUGAAACACCGGAAGAGGGUUAUUUAGCAAAAAUUAUCCUUCCCGCUGGAACGAAGAGUGUUCCAAUUGGUAAACUUGUUUGUAUUAUUGUCUCCGAUCAGGCAAGUGUUGCGGCUUUUAAGGAUUUUAAAGACGAUGGAUCAAGCGAUGUUGCUCCUACAAGUUCACCAUCUUCUGCGCCAACUCCUGCGGCAGCACCACCUACACCUGCGCCAGCUGCUCCUAAAUCAGCUCCUAUUGCUCCACCUUCGCCACCUGUAAGUGCAGGCGAUCGAAUAUUUGCUAGUCCUCUCGCUAAAAAACUCGCUGCUGAAAAAGGUCUUAGUCUACAGGGUCUCACAGGUUCAGGUCUGUUUGGAUCGAUAAAAGCAAAGGAUUUAGAAGGCGCAUCGGCUGCAGGUGUUGGCACUUCGAUGACACCGGGUGGUGUUGAUAUUCCAGUAUCAAAUAUUCGUGGUGUAAUAGCAAAACGUUUAUUAGAGAGUAAACAAACGAUACCUCAUUAUUAUCUACAAAUGGACAUCAGGAUGGAUGAGGCAUUGGCAAUGCGAACAAAUUUCAAUAAACUUUUAGAGAAGGAAAAAGUGAAAAUUAGCGUCAAUGAUAUUAUUAUCAAAGGAAUGGCUAUGGCCUGUUUAAAAGUUCCAGAAGGCAAUAGUGCUUGGCUUGGAAAUAUUAUCAGACAAUACGAUCAUGUGGAUGUGAGUGUUGCUGUUAGUACAGAAAAUGGACUGAUUACGCCAAUAGUUUUUGGUGCUGAUACAAAGGGAAUUGCACAAAUUAGUAAAGAAGUGAAAGCCCUAGCGGCAAAAGCAAGGGAAGGAAAAUUACAACCCCAAGAAUUUCAAGGGGGCACAAUUACAAUUUCAAAUCUUGGAAUGUUUGGAAUUCAGAGUUUUUCAGCAAUUAUCAAUCCACCUCAAUCCAUUAUUCUUGCGGUUGGCACGAGUUCACCAAGAUUAAUACCUGCCAGUAAUGAGAAGGGAUACACUGUGGGGCAAUUUAUGACAGUCACUGCCAGUUGUGAUCAUCGCACUGUCGAUGGUGCCGUAGGAGCUCAAUGGCUCUCGGCGUUUAAGAGCUUAAUGGAAAAUCCCUCGACUAUGUUACUUUAAUUCCAUCAAAAGUAAAUAAUCGAGAAAAUUUAGCUGAAAGUAUUUAUAAAACUGCGAAAGACUGGAUGCGCAUCUAAGAUUCCAAUGCCAUUUAUGCACUGUCUUCUUUCGUUAGGAAAUUCACACCAAAGGCAUCUGAUCUGCAUUAAUCUAUAGAAAAACAAAACAAAGCAACUCGCUAAGUUUGUACAUGUAAAAUCUAUCAGCGACGCUUAAAUCCGAUGCCCUCAUUGUUAAAAAAAAAAGAAGAAAUUAAUUUGCUUUGCGAAUUAAUUGUACAUACUAAAAUUAAUUUGUUGAUAAAUAAGUUUCAAUGUGAUUAAUAAAUCAAUUUUUAAACAAAGAGAAACAAAAAAUUAUUCCGAUUCAAUUAACUGGAUUUAAUUUAAUUCUUCAAUUAAUUAAUUAAUAUUUCAUUUAUUUUUAUAAUAAAAAUCACAUUGAUACUUUGGUACAGUUAAGAUUGUUACAUGUUUUGUGGGAGACUAGCGAAUUGAAAGUGAAAUCAAUUUUUAUCAACGAAUUCGAGAAACAAAAAGAAAAAAAUAAACCCUGAUUCUCGCGAUAGACAUUCUGUCGUAAUUGAAGAAUCAACUUAGGCAAAAAUAGACAAAAUAUCCUGACGACAAAAAAAAAGUGGGAGUAUACUGUAUAGAUUGAUAAAUAUGUAUACUUGUAACUAUUUAAUAAAUUAUAUGUUAUAUAAUUAUAGAAAA